AUGUCUUCCCCAAAGGAACUUUUAGAAGCCCAUAUCCCAGAUCGCGUAGCAGCUGCCAUGGCUGUGGCGAAUCAAGCUACUGCAGCUCUUGAUGGACCUUUUACUGAAACCGAGAGUCACACCGAGGAAAAAAACUCCAAGGCAAGAGCAGCCUAUGAAAAGGCUUGGUACGAGAAGUAUGAAGAAGAAGCUCAAAAAACUGGAUUGAGAGAAGAAUUCGAAGAAGUCAAGGCCGGCGAGAAAACCUGGUAUGAGAAGUAUCAAGCCGAUCCUUGGAACGGUGGUUACGAGGUAUAUGCGAAAGCAUAUCCAGAUGCCUUGGCCAAACAAUUUGCGAGAGAAGUGGUAGAAGAAGCGAACCUUAUUGAAGAGGCGAAGUUUUAUGAGUCCGACGACGAUGAAAACCAGCCUUCGACCAAAUCACGUCCCUCGGAACGACAAAUCAAGGAUUAUAGGGACCUUUACUCAGAUAAAAAGCACGAGAUCUAUCUAGGCGACAUGACAAGCGAUUUGAUCCCCUACUGUCGCAAUGCCGUCGAACUGCGACUUGGUCUCGAGCCGAGCGCUUGGUACGAGCAACCCCAUACCAAACACGAGCACCCAAACGAUCUUGUGGUGAGCACAAUGGAUUUCCAGCUCCGGGACGAGUUGGAAUCGGAUGUGUUGGUGCACAAUAUGUCAAGACACAGAUAUUGCCUUAAGAAACUGCUCAGUGAUGAUCCUGAUUCACUUGGUCUGUACAAGAUUCGCGAGCCUAUCCACGAAACUGAAGAGGAAUUGGCUGCUAUUUCAAAAGAAGCGCGCGAGCGAGAGGUCUUCCAGCGAGAACUUCAGGUACAACUCAGGCACGACGUUUUCGAAAGAAUCAAAUACGAACUUUCGCUAAUGGAAUCCGAACGUGACAUCGAAUGGCGACAGUUAUUGGACAAUCAGAGAGUUGGACUUACACAAGCAGCCCUGAAAUCUCCAGGUGGACCGCACAUCUCAAAGCCUAUGCAGAAAACGAGGUCGUCAUUAGAGAUGCCAAACGGAAAAACUUUGCUGAAUGGGCAGAGGAAAGAGCGACAAAAAGCGGCAGAUAUGAACAGGCAAAAAUGCUCCUGAUGAAAUGUAUUUUAGGAAGACUUGACUGUUUGCCAAUGGAAGCCUUACUGAUGGGAGAUGCUCGACUCAUGUUCCUCUCGGAAGACGAGCACUGGAGGUUGUUCAAUAAUCUUGUCGCUUACUUCAACGAUAAAUUGGCCGAGCAAGAGUAUAACAUGAAGGCUGUCAUUGAGGAGAUAACUAGCGAGCAAAAUUAUUCUGUACCGGUGGCUGAAAAUACUGGAUGA